AUGAAGGUGAAAAUUAGUACAAAUUAUGAAGCCGAUGGUAAGACUUAUCGAAACUAUGAUCAAAAAGCGGAGGACCCAAUUCAGUUGAGAGUCAAGAAUCAUUAUUUCACUCAACAUCAGAAGCAAACUGUUGAAUUUGUGAAAAAAAUGGUGAGUUUUUUCAGAUUUUUUUGUAGAAAUGAAAUUUGGGGAAUGUUCGGACUUUCAAUAAAAAUUCGAUACUAAAUAAUUUUCAAAAGUAACUCGAUUCACAGAAUUUUUGGAAAAAUUCAAUAUUUCAGCACAAAAAAUGGCUGUCAUUCUCGCACGCCAAAAUGCCGAUUCUCGAUUGUCUCGAUAUGCUCGCCAACUUUUUGGAUGAAUCUGAUCCGGACGUCGAUGAGGCGAAUCUAAUGCACGCAUAUCAAACAGCCGAAAGACUUCGAGUCGCAUUUCCAGACAAACCGUGGAUGCAUUUAGCCGGAUUGGUACACGAUUUGGGAAAAAUUAUGAGUGUUUGGGGAGAAGAACAAUGGGCUGUGACUGGGGAUACAUUUCCAGUUGGAUGUGCGCCAGCAAAAGAUAUUGUUUAUGGAAAAGAAAGUUUUGAAGGAAACCCGGAUUUGGAACAUGAUGUUUAUAGGUUGGUUGUGAUUGUGCUUUAGAUAUUACUGUAGAUUGGUUAUUUUUCUUCUAGCACUGAAAAUGGAAUGUACAACGAAAAAUGUGGAAUUGAGAAUCUUCUAAUGGCUUGGAGUCACGAUGAAUACAUUUAUCAAGUUCUGAUAAAUCACAAGACAACUUUACCAGAUGAGGCUUUGUAUGCAAUCCGUUUUCACUCAUUUUAUCCAUAUCAUUCUCAUAAUAAUUAUACACAAUUUGAAAGUGAACGAGAUAUUGAAAUGAAACCAGCAAUUAUGAUGUUGAAGUAAGUCAUCUAUAUUUUUCAAAACAAAAAACAUACUUUGUUACAGUAAUUGUGAUCUUUACUCGAAGAACGAUGAAACACCAGAUAUUCAAAAAUUGAAACCAUAUUAUCAAUCAUUAAUCGACAAAUAUAUACCAGGAAUUGUAUCGUGGUGA